AUGUAUUCCAGCAGAAAAGCUAAAAGAAGUAGGCAAAGUAUAUAUUGGACUAAGACCUUUUGGGGUGUGUUUCCCUUGGUGGACAACUAUGCAGAUGAAGAAUAUUUCUACCUGAUUGCUGUUCACACUGGACUGAGAAAGUCAGCAGGCACCAAGUCUAGAGUCAGUUUCUGUUUGUCUGGAGAGUUUAACGAUACAGGUGUACGGCAGCUUAGAGAUGGAAUUAGAGAGGCAAACAUCUUUUCAUUUAUUUAUUUGUUAUGUUUUGGAUUCUCAUCAGCAAGUUUAUUAUACUUUGUAAUGGCCUGUCCUGGAUCAUUGGGUCCCCUUCAGUGUUUGCGUAUUUGGAUUGACAACUCUGAGAAGAGUGGUGAUGCAUCCUGGUAUCUAGACAGAAUUGAUGUUACAGAUAUUCAGACUGGUCAUACGUAA